CGCGCUCGGUACUUAAAGGCGGCUCCGUGGGGCCGGCGCUCGUCAGUCGGAGCGCGCAGCGGCGGCGGUGCACCGGGGAGCGAGGCGCGGCGGCGGCGAGGAGCAGGAGGAGGGGCAUGGAGCCGCCGCGGGCCUGCUGAGUACCGGAGCGCGGGCAGCCGGCGGCACGAUGCCGGUGCAGCUGACAACAGCCCUGCGUGUGGUGGGCACCAGCCUGUUUGCCCUGGCAGUGCUGGGUGGCAUCCUGGCGGCUUACGUGACAGGCUACCAGUUCAUUCACACAGAGAAGCACUACCUGUCCUUCGGCCUGUACGGUGCCAUCCUGGGCCUGCACCUGCUCAUCCAGAGCCUGUUUGCCUUCCUGGAGCACCGGCGCAUGCGGCGGGCGGGCCGGCCGCUGAAACUCGCCUCCCCGUUGCGCCGCUCGGUGGCACUGUGCAUCGCGGCAUACCAGGAGGACCCCGACUAUUUGCGCAAGUGCCUGCGCUCCGCCCAGCGCAUCGCCUUCCCUGACCUCAAGGUGGUCAUGGUGGUGGAUGGCAAUCGCCAGGAGGACGCCUACAUGCUGGACAUCUUCCACGAGGUGCUAGGCGGCACUGAGCAAGCUGGCUUCUUUGUGUGGCGCAGCAACUUCCAUGAGGCAGGUGAAGGGGAGACCGAGGCCAGCCUGCAGGAGGGCAUGGACCGUGUGCGGGAUGUGGUGAGAACCAGCACCUUCUCCUGCAUCAUGCAGAAGUGGGGAGGCAAGCGAGAGGUCAUGUACACGGCUUUCAAGGCUCUUGGUGAUUCAGUGGACUACAUCCAGGUGUGCGACUCUGACACCGUGCUGGAUCCAGCCUGCACCAUCGAGAUGCUUCGAGUCCUGGAGGAGGACCCCCAAGUAGGGGGAGUUGGAGGAGAUGUACAAAUCCUCAACAAGUAUGACUCGUGGAUCUCCUUCCUGAGCAGUGUGCGGUACUGGAUGGCCUUCAACGUGGAGCGGGCCUGCCAGUCCUACUUCGGCUGCGUGCAGUGUAUUAGUGGGCCUUUGGGCAUGUACCGCAACAGCCUUCUCCAGCAAUUCCUGGAGGACUGGUACCAUCAGAAGUUCCUGGGCAGCAAGUGCAGCUUCGGAGAUGACCGCCACCUCACCAACCGAGUCCUGAGCCUCGGCUACCGGACUAAGUAUACAGCACGUUCCAAGUGCCUCACAGAGACUCCCACCAAGUACCUCCGGUGGCUCAACCAGCAGACCCGCUGGAGCAAGUCUUACUUCCGAGAGUGGCUCUACAACUCUCUGUGGUUCCAUAAGCACCACCUCUGGAUGACCUACGAAUCAGUGGUCACAGGUUUCUUCCCCUUCUUCCUCAUUGCCACAGUCAUACAGCUUUUCUACAGAGGCCGCAUCUGGAAUAUUCUCCUCUUCCUGCUGACGGUGCAGCUGGUGGGCAUUAUCAAGGCUACCUAUGCCUGCUUCCUUCGGGGCAAUGCAGAAAUGAUCUUCAUGUCCCUCUAUUCCCUUCUGUAUAUGUCCAGCCUCCUGCCGGCCAAGAUCUUUGCCAUUGCUACCAUCAACAAGUCUGGCUGGGGCACCUCUGGCCGAAAAACCAUCGUGGUGAACUUCAUUGGCCUCAUCCCUGUGUCCAUCUGGGUGGCAGUCCUUCUAGGGGGACUGGCCUACACAGCGUAUUGCCAGGAUCUGUUCAGUGAGACAGAGCUAGCCUUCCUGGUCUCUGGGGCCAUCCUGUAUGGCUGCUACUGGGUAGCCCUCCUCAUGUUGUAUCUGGCCAUCAUAGCCCGGCGAUGUGGGAAGAAGCCAGAGCAGUACAGCUUAGCUUAUGCUGAGGUGUGACAUGGCCCCCAAGCAGAGUGGGAAAAGUGCAA